AUGGCCCCAGUAGCGCCCGCUACUGGAGGGGCAGCCUCCGAACGAUAUGACGGAAUCCGAUCGGAGGACUGGCAAACGGAGGUCAAUGAUCCCUAUUCUCAUGAUAGUGGUGAUCGAAUGCAGUUCAGUGGCGACGGAUUAGACACCGGUGUUCGAGUGUUAGGCGAUGGGCGCUUGGAUAUCCGAAUCAAUGAACACAAGCCCAGUAUCGCAGGGCUGCUUCACCUUCAACGCACCCCUAUACCAUCCGAGCUCGAAGACGCUGAAGAAACAGACGGCGCCGCCAGGGUACAAGCGGAGGAUGGCAAAUAUUUCCCGCUAAACCUCAACAUCGUCAUCCAAGUGAUUGGUUCGCGGGGAGACAUACAGCCAUUCGUCGCUCUAGGAAAAGAACUAAAAGCACAUGGGCAUCGGGUCCGACUCGCCACGCAUCUUGCGUUUCGAGAAUUCAUUCUCGAUGCCGACCUGGAGUUCUUCAAUAUUGGUGGCGAUCCAGCGGAGCUGAUGGCUUUCAUGGUGAAGAAUCCCGGGCUACUUCCGAGUAUGAACACGAUCCGGAGCGGUGCGAUUCAAAAGCGCCGCAGGGAGAUGAAGGAAAUGGUCGAUGGGUGUUGGAGAUCCUGCUUUGAGAUGGGCGAUGGCACACACCUGCAUCAAAUCAAGGAAGACCCAUGGAGCGAUGUGGUGGAUUAUCGUCGGCGUCCGUUCGUUGCGGAUGUGAUCAUUGCUAACCCACCUAGUCUGGCACAUAUCCACUGCGCUCAGAGACUGGGGAUACCUCUUCACAUUAUUUUCACUAUGCCAUGGUCACCCACGCAAUCAUUCCCGCAUCCCCUUGCUGUUCUUCAUCAACAAGAUUCUUGCAAGCCAACGGUCGCAAACUUUGUCUCCUAUGCCAUCGUGGACAUGAUGAUUUGGGAAGGUCUUGGCGACAUUGUCAAUAAAUAUCGCCGCAAUGUCCUCUCCCUGGAUUCGUUGGACGGAAUCACCGCUCCGAGCUUGAUCCACAAGCUACAAAUCCCCUGCUCAUACCUCUGGUCCCCAGCUGUUCUUCCGAAACCACAAGACUGGGGUGACCAUAUCGACGUUUGUGGUUUCAGCUUCCUCCCCUCUAAGCCGGACUAUACUCCCCCCGAUGAAAUCGCACGAUUCCUAGAAGCUGGAUCAACGCCUAUAUACGUUGGCUUUGGUUCAAUUGUAGUCGAUGAUCAGAUAAGACUAACAAAGGUUGUCUUCGAGGCAAUCCAGAAAUCCGGACAGCGUGCCAUUGUUUCGAAGGGCUGGGGCAACCUUGGUGUCGACGAAGUGGAUGUCCCUGAAAACAUUCUUAUUAUUGGAAGUUGCCCCCACGACUGGCUAUUCCGACAGGUAUCAUGUGUGAUCCAUCAUGGUGGAGCUGGUACAACUGCCGCAGGAUUGGCACUUGGAUGUCCAACAAUCAUCGUUCCAUUCUUUGGCGAUCAGCAAUUCUGGGGAGAUAUCGUUGCGAGGGCUGGCGCUGGACCGUCGCCCAUUCCCCACAAACGGUUGACUGCGGAUGGCUUGAGUGAUGCGAUCGAAUUUGCCUUGAGAGAUUCGACACUGCAAAAAGCGCGGGAAAUUGCAAAGAAAAUGGAAAACGAGUCGGGCGUGCGAGAUGGUGUACGCAGCUUUCAUCGCCAGCUUGAUCUUCGGACACUGCGAUGUGCGAUAUGCCCGUCACGGCCUGCGGUGUGGCACUUGAAACACACAAAUCUCGGAUUCAGUGCCUUUGCAGCAGCAGUGUUGGUAGAGACGGGGAAGCUCAAACCGGAGGAUCUCGUCUUGAACCGGCCAAAGGAAUAUGAUACCCAUCGUGAUCCAGUCGGGCCAUUGAGUGCCAGCGCCCAAGUUCUUUUUGGAGCUAUUGCAAACUUUGUGACUGGUAUUGCAGAAGUCCCUACUGAUAUGGUUGGCGAUAUCGUUGCUGCAGGACGUGCCAUAGGCCACUCUCGUGAACACCUAGACAUCCAGCACAAAUGGCGACAUCGGAAAUGUAAAGGUGCAAACUCGAAUUCUCAGAGUGAUGGCUCCAUAGAAACCGAAGAGAGCGCUCACCAAGAUGAGAGGGCUCAAAGUUCUCGACCAAAUAACCUAAGUGACCCCGACGAAUCUCUUCCAGACGAAGAUAGUGAAGAUGAAGAAAUGAUCAACGACAGCAGCGAGUCACGCUCCACGGAUAUAGUCCCAGAUCAAAGUAUGGACAGGAGACGCAGUCUUCAACUUGAGAAAUCCCAAACCAUGAGCUCGCAAUUCGCUCCCUCAAAGCCGCACACUGUCCUCUCCGAGGCAGCCAAUUUGGGCGGCAAGAUGUCGAAGAAAUUUGUCAAUCUUCUCAUUUGGCUACCAACAGACCUCACGCUCAGUCUUUCCAAAGGGUUUCACAAUGCCCCUAAAUUAUACCAUGACCCGAUGGUGAAGUCGACGCCCACAGUGCAUGAUGUUCGCAGCGGAUUAAGGGCCGCUGGAAAGGAAUUUUACGACGGCUUUUACUAUGGCGUGACAGGACUAGUAACCCAGCCUCGAUACGGAUACAAGAAAAAAGGCACCAAGGGAAUGAUCAAGGGAGUAGGGAAAGGACUGGGUGGAGUCUUCUUCAAGCCACCUGCAGGUCUCUGGGGAUUGGCAGGCUACCCCUUGAGCGGCUUACGUCGAAAGCUUCUCGAUUCUCUGGGUAAAUCCAGCGAAGGGCAAAUCAUUCUCUCCCGGAUUGCCCAAGGACAUGAAGAAAUGUGUGCGUCUUCGGCUGAUGAGAGGAGUGAAGUAGUAAGGAAGUGGAUGAUAAUUGAAGAGUCACUGAAGCAGACCAAGAGGACGAGCAGACGGUGUCAUUCGCGGCCUCAGCAUCAUGCACCACAUAUACCUCAACUUGUAACGCCAGCCUAAUGUACAUACCCCUUUCAAUUUUGCCUAAUUUAUUUCGAUAAGACCAGG